AUGGAGAUGGAGAAGAAGAGAGAGAUUAAUCAUCCUUUUCAUGAGCACCCCUUGGUGUUUGUGGAAGAUCAAAGCAAUGAAGGUCAGAAAUCUUACUGCUCAGCCUGUGGGGAUGUGAUUUCAGAUCCAUGCUUUAGUUGUGCACCAUGCAAUUAUCACCUUCAUAACAACUGUGCCCUCGCACCCCAGACAAUUUCCAGUCACCCUCUCCAUCCCCAGCACUCUGGUUUUUCCCUUCGAGAAAGGCCACGUCUUGAUAAUCGGGUAUAUGGUUGUGCAUUAUGCAAGGAGAAACGCAACAUGUUCUUUUAUGAAUGUUAUGUUAGUUUAUUUUCCCAUGUUUGUUUCUUUUCCCUUGACAUCAAAUGCGCUGAUUUGUCUUCUUUAUGUAGUAAGGUCAACCAAGAGUCCAAACAUGACUUCCACCCACAUCCAUUGACCUUCAUUCCAAGUCCCACGGAUGAAUUCAAAAGUUUCAACUGCUUUUGGUGUCAUCAACCAUUAAUAGAUGCUUUUUACUUUUGUUUUCAAUGCCCAUCGUUUGUUUUCCAUAAAAAAUGCUUUGAUGAGUUACCUGCUGAAAUUCAUCACCCUUCCCAUCUAAUACACUCUCUUUUUCUUGACUCGAAUGUGACUGAUUCCUUUUGCAAGCUAUGCCAAAACAUCACAGUCCAUAAAGAUUGCAUUUCACUCCCACGCAUUAUCAAAUUUUCACGACAUGAUCAUUGUCUUUUUCACAAAUAUUUUCUUCAAACACGAGAGCUUACAAAGCAAGAUUGCAAGAUUUGUUUCAAAGAAGUGAAGUUUGAGCGUGGGAGUUACUCUUGUGUGAAGUCCGGUUGCAGUUACAUCGUUCACGUGAAUUGUGCCUUGGAGGAUUACAGAUUUUACGAGGUGGUUGAGCGAGAAAGCCGAUGCGAGGAGCUCUAUGGAAGUUCAUCUAAGUCUACGCAGCCUUCCAUCACUCGCGUUGUUGAGGUGAGUGAAGAUGGGGAAGCCACAAAGAUUGAACAUUUCAGCCAUGAAGGUCAUUGCAUGGUGUUAGCGGACAAGAUGGAGGAGGAAACUGAUAGAAGAUGUGAUGGGUGCAUGCUACCUGUCUCAACUCUGUUUUAUUAUUGCUCUGAAUCAGAAUGCCAUUUCUAUCUCCACAAAAACUGUGCCGAGCUGCCAAGAGUAAAGCGUCAUUGGAUUGAUCGAGAUACUGCCACUCUCAACUCCAGAAGCUUCAUGUGGUGUUUCUUGUGCAAUCGGCCUUGUAGCGGUUUCUUCUACGAAAUGGGAGAACUCUGGGUUUGCUUAAGGUGUGCUGAAGUACCUGACGUGAUUGAAUUUCAAGGACACGAGCACUUGCUGUUUUAUGAUUUCAAAUGCAGGGAGCGAUGCAAUGGUUGUGGCGCUUACCCAAGUGAAGAAGGUGCAUUCAAAUGUGGAAAGUGCAGUUUUACUUUGGAUUUCAAAUGCUUAUCGUUACCACAUUCGGUUGUUCACAAAAUUGAUGAACAUCAGCUAAACCUCACCUAUCACGAUGAUAAUGAUUAUUCAAAGCAUCUUCGUUGUGAUAUAUGUGAAGGAAAAAGAGACCGGAGCCUCUGGUAUUAUUGUUGUUCGAUCUGUGAUACUUCUGCUCAUCCCGAUUGUAUUCUUGGAGAAUUUCCAUUUCUCAAGGAUGGGAUCAUAUUGCCUCCUUAUUCUCGUCACGGACAUCGUCAUGAUGUUCGGUUUCAUAGGAAGGCUGAGGACUACCCUAACUGCUCCUCAUGCGGUCAGCGUUGCCGAAGAGAAAUUGUCAAGUGUGCGGAGUCUACGUGCAACUAUAUUGCUCACUUCAAAUGUUGGUGGCCUGGACUCUCAAGGUUUAGAGUAAUUCAAAGGAUUUCGCAUUUCGUUCCUACUGCUUCGAGGGCUGGAAAACUUUCAACCCGAACAUCAAAGUAA